AAGCGAUGAACAGCCACGGUCCUUGCGGGCUCUACAUCAGUCAGUCGGUCAAGGGAUGAUGCGUUGGCAGCAGAGAGGAGCGGGACGUGGAGCUGGAGCUGGAGCUGGAACUGGGACUGAGAGUGAAUGAAAGUCGACUGGCGAACUGCGACAUCUUCCGGACGGCAUCAUGCAGCUGUCGCACUCUUCAUCCUCGUUCUCGUCCUCGUCCUCGUCCUUGAAUUCGUCUUCGUCUGUGUCGUUGUUUGUGUCCUGACUGGCUGCCUACAUCUAUCUCCCACUGGGCAUCACGUCCAAGGAAUAGGCGCUGCACGACCACCUCUAUCUAAUUGGCGCGCACAUCUCUUCUGCAUAUCGAUGCAUUCGCAAUCGCAAUCGCCUCGUUAUUCUUCACUAUUUUCCAUCCGCGUUACGCUGCCUGCUGCGGCGCAUGGAUUGACGUGACGUCCGCGCGCACAGUCGUCUCCUGAGAAUCCAUCAUCAAUCAUCAUCGUCAUCCUCCUCCAUCCUCCAUCGAGGAACGGAUCGCGGACAAGUUACAACCUCAACUCGCAGCCAGUG